CCAACCCUGCGGAAUCAUAACCUCGAUAUUGCCUUGAACGAGGCGCUCUUUGCCUUGGAAUUACCAAUACUGUCGGUUCCACCAUUUCACGUGAAACCCAUUGUGGUGUUCAUAUUAACGCCGGUCCCGAAAUUGGCAUACACCUCGCAAUUCAUCUCUUUGGUGAUGAUGGCCAUACAAUUGAGCGAAGACCGUAUAUCUAUGACGCAAAGACGAAAUGACAUCAUUGACGAACUCCACAAGUUACCGCAAUAUAUUAAACAAGUGCUUGCUCUUGACAAAGAAUUACAACAGCUGGCUAAGGAUGUAUUAUACAAAGAGAAGAGUUUAUUGAUUAUGGGACGAGGCUUUCAGAACGCUACAUGCCUAGAAGGUGCAUUGAAGAUUAAAGAAGUGUCUUAUAUGCACUCUGAAGGUAUUCUGGCCGGUGAAUUAAAACAUGGACCUUUGGCUCUCAUCGACGAGAACAUGCCUGUUAUUCUGAUCAUGACCAAGGACUCUUUAUAUCCGAAAGUGCAAAGCGCUCUCGAACAAGUUACGGCUCGUAAAGGCCAACCUAUCAUCAUCUGUAAUGACGGAGAUGAGGGUAUAUCAGUUCAAUACAAGAAAAUCCGUGUCCCUCAGACCGUUGAUUGUUUACAAGGACUUAUUACAAUUAUUCCUCUUCAAUUGUUGUCAUAUCAUUUGGCUGUAUUGCACGGCAUCGAUGUUGAUUUCCCAAGAAAUUUGGCAAAAUCUGUGACCGUCGAAUGA